AAGUGAAAGAAUGUGAAUCGAAAUGAGAAGAUGAUAGUGGCUAGCAGCAAAAUUGAAAACUUAUUAUAUAAAUAGUUUUGUGGAGCCCACUGCGUUUCCACCAUACCCAAGUCAGAUCCAUUGCCUUCUUCUUUCUUUCUUUUCCAUUGACACAAUUUUUUCUGAAUCUUGCACACAUAAUCAAAAUCACAAUAACACACACACAACUUCUCAUACUAACUCAGAACAACAGCAACUGAAACCACACUCAAAGAUAAAUAGUUAUUUAUUUAUUUAUUUAUUAUUUUUAUACUAAAAAUAGUUUCUUCACUAAUGAAGACUUGUUGGUUUCUCUACCUCUUUUCAUAAAGAGAUUCGUUGGUUGGUUGGUUGGAGGCAAAACAGUGAAUGUACGGUUUGGUGUUAAAGUUUCUAAGCCUUUUUGUAAAGAGCCUAUUCCUAUAAAUCAUUGGUGUAUGGGAUUUGAAAUCUUCCCUAAUUGGGAAACAAAUUAUCUGCAACUACAACAAGUAUGGAUAUUCCAGAAGAGAGUUCCACCACUUUUGGAACUUUGGCAGCAAUGAGUUUAAGGAAUGCGUCGUCGUCGUCUUCGGCUUUCUUUUCAGCUAAUCAGUCACCCUUUUUCUCUCCAAGAUCAUCAUCAUGUCAGUUAUCCGAGACUUUGAGACCUGAUGCAUCAAAUGACAGAAUUCAUCUAGAUGCUGCUAUUCCUAGCACUAGUUCAGGGAUUCAAGAACAGAAAUCUGUAGUAAAUGUUGGAUGUAACAUAUCUGAAGUGGCUGCAGCUCAACCUGGAUGUACUUCGGGUGAUAUGCAGCUUCUCGAUCGUAUAUCUUCCUCAGUUGGCAUAUCUAGUAGCACUGUAUCUGGUUACUGUCAUCCCUAUGAUGAUGAUUAUUCUGAACCGAAAGAGAAGCGAAGUAAAAAAGGCAGCAGGAACCAAAAACCAUCAAUUUCUUCUUAUAGAUUGAAGAGUUGUGAUGUUUUCAUAGGAUUACACGGUCGAAAGCCUCCUCUUGUAAGAUUUUCCAAAUGGUUGUGUGCCGAGUUAGAAAUUCACGGUAUUAGUUGCUUUGUAUCGGAUAGAGCUUCGCGUAAAAACUCUAACAAGCUUGGCAUUGCAGAAAAGGCUAUGGAUGUUGCUUCUUUUGGUAUAGUAAUUGUAACAAGGAAGUGUUUUAAGAAUCCGUACACCAUUGAGGAGCUGAAAUUUUUCUCUAGCAAGAAGAAUUUGGUUCCAAUAUACUUUGAUUUGAGUCCAGUUGAUUGUCUUGUAAGAGAUAUAAUUGAGAAAAGGGGUGAACUUUGGGAAAAAAAUGGAGGUGAACUUUGGCUUUUGUAUGGAGGGUUGGAGCAGGAGUGGAAAGAAGCGGUCCACACCCUUUCUCGGGUCGAAGAAUGGAAGUUGGAAGCUCAAGAUGGUAACUGGAGAGACUGCAUACUGGAGACUGUGACAUUAUUAGCAAUGAGGUUAGGCAGAAGAAGUGUUGCUGAGCAUUUGAGAAAAUGGAAAGAGAAAAUAAAGGAAGAGGAGCUGCCUUUCGCUCGUAACGAGAGUUUUAUCGGUCGAAAGAAGGAGCUUUCUCAGUUGGAAUUUAUGCUUUUUGGUGAUGUUACUGGAGAUUCAAAGCAAGAUUAUAUUGAACUCAAGGCGAGAUUGAAGAGAAGACAUUUGAGCAUUGGUAGAGGCAAGAGUAAUGUGCUAGUUGAUCAAAGAAAUGGAAGUAAGGAGGAGAAUGAACAAGUUCUAUGGAAGGAGUCAGAAAAGGAGAUUGAAAUGCAAAGUAUUGAUUUUUCUCAGAGGCAGUACCGUUCGAGGCUCAAACGCGGUGGAAAGUAUAUCAGAAAGAAAAGAGGAAUGAAGAUUUUGUAUGGUAAAGGGAUUGCCUGCAUAUCAGGUGAUUCAGGAAUUGGAAAAACUGAACUGAUUCUUGAGUUUGCUUAUAGAUUUCAGCAGCGAUACAAGACGGUGCUAUGGAUAGGAGGGGAAAGCAAGUAUAUAAGGCAAAACUAUCUAAACCUCAGGUCAUUUUUAGAAGUUGAUGUGAGUGUUGAAAAUAGUAUGGAGAAAAACAGUAUAAAAAGAUUUGAAGAGCACGAAGAAGCGGCUAUUUCUCGAGUUCGAAAAGAACUAAUGAGAAACAUUCCUUAUCUUGUCAUCAUUGAUAACUUGGAUAGCGAAAACGAUUGGUGGGAUCACAAACUUGUGAUGGAUCUUCUCCCUCGUUUCGGAGGAGAGACUCAUGUGAUUAUAUCAACGUGCCUUCCUCGUGUCAUGAACUUAGAACCGCUAAAACUUUCAUACUUAUCAGGAGUUGAAGCAAUGUCACUAAUGUUACCAAUGGGAAAGGAUUAUCCAGUUGCUGAGGUUGAUGCUCUAAGAAUCAUUGAGGAGAAACUCGGCCGCUUAACUUUAGGCCUUGCCAUUGUCAGUGGAAUUUUAUCCGAGUUACCGAUAACUCCAAGUAGGCUCUUAGACACCAUAAACAGAAUGCCUUUAAAGGAGAUAUCAUGGAAUGGAAAAGAAGCUAACGCCUUCCGGAAAAACACUUUCCUUCUACAGCUCUUCGAUGUUUGUUUCUCGGUGUUCGAUCACGCAGAUGGCCCUCGAAGCUUGGCAACAAGAAUGGUACUUGUAAGUGGAUGGUUUGCAUCAAGUGCCAUUCCAGUUUCCUUAUUGGCAAAUGCUGCACACAAGAUACAGAAAAAACACAUGAAAACUGGUUUUUUGAGAAAAUUGCUUCAAUCCUUAACAUGUGGUUUCACAUCCUUACAAACAAAGAGAUCAGAAAUAGAAGCAUCUUCUAUGCUACUAAGAUUUAACAUUGCAAGGACUAGUGCUAAAAAAGGUUGCAUCCAAUUCAAUGAACUCAUCAAACUAUAUGCUAGAAAAAGAGAACUUUAUGGAUCAGCACAAGCAAUGGUUCAAUCUGUUAUCAGUCAAGGCUCAUCAAUAUCUCAACAACAUAUGGACCAUUUAUGGGCUGCUUGUUUUCUGUCAUUUGAAUUCGGCCGCAAUCCUGCGGCAGUUGAGCUCGAGGUUUCUGAGCUCCUACAUCUUGUGAAAAAAGUUGUCCUACCUCUUGCAAUUCAAUCUUUCAUUACAUACUCUCGAUGCAGCGCAGCACUUGAGCUUUUGUACCUAUGCACCAAUGCAUUGGAAGCAGCAGAUACAAUAUUAGUCACACCAGUUGAUAAGUGGUUGGAAAAAUCACUUUGUUGGAGAUCAAUACAAACCAAUGCUCAAUUGAAUCCUUGUCUUUGGCAAGAGCUUGCUCUUUGUAGAGCAACAGUGCUUGAGACUAGAGCUAAGUUAAUGCUGAGGGGUGCACAAUUUGAUAUAGGGGGUGAAUUAAUCAAGAAAGCUGUUUUUAUUAGGAGUUCAAUUUGUGGUGAAGAUCAUCCUGAUACUAUAUUUGCUCGUGAAACAUUAAACAAACUUACUAGACUAAUUGCAAAUGUUCAAAUUCAUUCUUGAGAUUAGAUUUUUUUGCAUUUUUUUGUAAGAAGCUUCAGAAUUAUACAAAGUAUUUAUAAUAAAACUAGUCAUUUAUACUGUUUUGAGGAAA